AGAGAGAGAGAGAGAGAUUGCUAUGAGAUCUACCUUGUGCUCUCUCUCAGUUGGAGGGAACUCUUCUUUUUUCUUUCCUAUGGAGGAGUGUAAGAGAGACAGCAGCAGGUCUUCCUAGCCCUUCUUCCUACAGUGCUGAUAAGGACCGAGUGAGAGAAGAAGAAAGAGAGGAGAAACAGAGGGAAAGAGGAGUAAACAUGGCUCCCAGCGCACUGCACUUGUUCUUGGGUGUAAUUCUCGCCGUUCAGCCGGGCUGUGGAUUUAAUAUAGACCUGCGUUUCCCGGUGGUUAAGGAGGGAAAGACUAAGGGCAGUUUCUUCGGCUUUUCCGUGGCGCAGCAUAAACAGACGCAGAAGGGGGAGAAGUAUCUACUGCUGACUGGAGCUCCCAGAGAGAAAGCCCCGUCCAAUCUGAAGGUGAACGAGACCGGAGCUGUGUACUCCUGCCCCAUUACCUCUGACGUGGCCGACUGCACCAGAAUGGAUAUCAUCACUUCAACGGACUCAUCCGAGAUGAUAGAGGGCAUGUGGCUGGGGGUGACAGUAGCCAGUCAGAGAGAUCAGCCUGAUGGACGAGUGCUGGCCUGUGGUCACCGCUAUGUGAAAGUAGUUCCUGGAGGAAUCGAGGAGCAGAGGAGGAUGGUGGGGAAGUGCUACGUCCGGGGGAAUGACCUGACCUAUGACAACAGGGACGAUUGGCAGAACCACCCAUACGAGGUCUGCAAUCACAACUUCGACAUGGAGAAGGAGGGCAUGUGCAACAUGGGCAUCUCUGGGGGCAUGACCAAGAGCGACGUCUACAUCGGCUGCACUGGCAGCUACCUGUGGCAAGGUAAUGUUCAUGUAACCUGGAGAGACACAUCCCCGGGGAACUCCUGGGAUUACAAUGACAGAGACCUGGGGCAGCAGGCGAAGAGAAACAGCUACAUGGGAUACUCUGUUACUGAGGAGACAAAGUUACUGGAUGGAACGGAGUUCACGCUGGUCACAGGGGCUCCCCGAGACGAGUCCAGAGGCUCUGUUACUCUAGCAGCGGUGGGGAACUCAGACCUCGUCGUGAAGGUUACAAUUCCAGGAGAGCAGGUGGGCUCUUACUUUGGGAGCAGCAUAGCAGUGACGGACCUCAACAACGACAACUGGAACGACCUUAUCGUUGGAGCGCCGUUCUAUUUCGACCGCUACAAGGAGCAGGGCGGAGCCGUGUAUGUCUUCAUGAAUGAGAACGGAUCUUUCGGGGGUAAAAAGAUGGUGCUGAAGGGGAUGAAGGGUUCUGGAUUCGGAAUCGCUGUGGCAGCUAUAGGAGACAUCAAUCAGGAUGGAUUUCAAGACUUUGCAGUCGGAGCUCCUUUUCACGGAUCUGGAAAGGUGUACAUAUGGACGGGAAGCAAGGAAGGAAUAAUGAAGGACCCCAGUCAGGUUAUUGAGGGGAACUCGGUGGGCUCUGGGGGGUUCCAGACAUUUGGCUACUCUCUCAGUGGAGGAAUGGACAUGGAUGGAAACAAAUACCCCGACAUCUUGGUCGGCUCUCUAGACGACCGCAUAGCUCUUCUGAGAGCUCGCCCGGUCAUUCAAUUAUCCAGGACUUUCACAGUAGAGCCGAAGAUAGUCGACCCCUUACAGUGUAAGGAUGCUUGUGUGACAGUGAAGAUGUGCUUUGCGUACACACUGAGCAACGGAAACCCUGACUUCAAGAAUAAGAUUUCUGUGAAAUACACUGUAGAGGCUGAUCGAGCUCUGCGCAACCCGAGAGUCCAGUUUACUGACACCAAACUGAACACGAACACCGGCGUCCUCACCUUCUCCUCCUCCACCUGCCAGGAGCUCAAACUCAGCGUGACUGAUCAGAUAAAGAAUAAGCUGGACCCGGUCGUAUUUCUGCUGAAUGUGUCACUAGUUGAGCCCGAUGUCCCGGCCCAGUCGUCUCUGCAGAACCUGGACGUGUUCCCUGUGCUGAGCAGCCAGCAGAGAGUGACUGAGAAAGCUGAGAUAAACUUCCAGAAGGAGUGCGGUGCUGAUAAUAAGUGCAGCAGUAAUCUGCAGGUGAAAGGAGAAUUUGCGAAUGAAGAUCAGGACCCCUUCUCAAGUAAUGAUAAAGGUCAGAUGAUGGAGUAUAACAGUGUUGUGAAGCUGACGUUACUGCUGGAGGUGAGCAAUCUGCCUGAGCCAGGCAGGGAGGCAGAGGACGCCCAUCAAGCCAUGCUUAACAUCACCAUCCCUCCCACACUGAAGUAUUACGGCCUGCGCCCGCAGGGCAUAGACAUUCAGUGUACUGCCAACGUAACUGUGAUCUGUGACCUGGGGAACCCGUUUAAGAGUAACAAGCAGAUCAAUUUCCAUUUUAUAUUCCAAACUUCUAUAACACUCUACACUGAUCAGAUUCAGACACAGCUCCAGCUGUCUACCCUGAGUGAACAGAGUGAUCUCAACCCCGUGUCCAUCACCCUCAAUGUGCGGAACAAUAUCGCUCCUUCCUUUACCAUAGAUAAUUCAGUGGAAAACACGUUUUUUAGUGGCAAAGUUAUGGGCGAGUCGGGCAUGAAAACCAUAAGUGAUGUGGGCAGUCCAGUGAAGUUUGUAUUUAAAGUGAGUGUGUCAGGAGAGCCGCUGGGAGAGAUGGGCACUUUGUUUGUGGUGUUUGAUUGGCCAGUGGAGGUGCUGAAUGGAAAAUGGCUGCUGUAUUUAACAGAGAUCCUGACCACCGGGACGUCUGAGCAACGCUGCGUUCCUGAUGGACAAAUAGUCAACCCACUUAACCUCACAUUGUCAGAGAAGAAUUCCAAACGCAAUAAACGAGACCUGGACGUUAACCUGCCGCAGACAGAGGCUGCAAGGACCCUCCUCUCUCCUCGCAAAGAAUCCCACCUACUGGAUUGCUCUAAGCAAACAGCUCGCUGUGUGACCUUCUCCUGCCCCCUGACGAACAUGUCCACGAGCGCAGAGAUCACCGUCAGGGCCCGGGUUUGGAACACCACCAUGCUGGAGGACUACGCCAACACUUUUCGAGUGAUUGUAAAAGGACAUGCUACACUGAUGUUGGUGACGGAUAAACCUGCUAUAAAAAUGGAGAACAAAACUCUAGAGUUUACAGUAAACAUCGAUCCUGUGCCGGGAGAAGAGACGCCGUAUAACGCUCCUCUGUGGAUCUACAUCGUUGCGGGCGUCGCAGGAAUCCUUUUACUGGGCAUCAUCACUCUAAUACUAUGGAAGUGUGGGUUCUUUAAGCGUGCUAGUCGAAGGGAGAUGUACGAGGCCAAGGCUCAAAAAGCCGAGAUGAGGAUACAGCCGUCCGAGACAGAGAAGCUGACUGAAGACUACUGAGUCUGCAGGGGGGUCAGCUCUGGCCCCCCCGGCGCCCCCUGUUGGUACCCCUCGUGCGGCUUUUUUAAGAGGGCUGUCUACUACAAGAUCAUGCCUAAGUACCACGGAGUGAAAAUACGUAAAGAAGAGCGGUACAAGCUAAGCAGAGCCUUCCGGCCCGAGCAUGAGCUCAACAAAAAACUCUGGGUCACCAACUGGACAGAAAUGCAAGAAUUUUACUACUGAAUGUUACUGGAAACUUUUUCUAACCCACCAGCUCAAGUUCACUGGGGGAUUUCCUCUUUUAUCGCCUUAAAAAAAAAAAAAGAAAAACACAGAAAAAGACACUGAACACUGUCUGGCUCUCAGAUGACUCAGAUGAUGCAUCGCAGUCAUGUGGAGAUGUGGACGGACACGUUUCUUCAUAGCCUUUGCCUUCUAGUGCAAUAUCAGAUCAGCUGUGUUUCAGAUAUCCACAACUGUCCUGCUUUUCUAUUGGUGGAAACAUUGACCAUUCCCUGAGACAUGGAGUACUUGACUUGACUUGACUAUGGAGCUUUUUAUCGAUCAUCAAACUGUUAAACUGUUAAAAAAAAAAGAGAGAGUAUUGCAAGACAGUAAUGCCUCCUGCUUGGAUGUAUUCUGUCUGUCUACGGUUGCGUGUUGCUAGUGCCUGUAUGUGUAGCUUUUAUGUGCUAUGGAUCCACACUCCAAUAUUUUAUAAAUCAAAUGAAAUAAGAUCAUGAAAUAAUGCUAGUUGUUAAAUUUAAGGCUAGUGUGUGCCUUAUUGCAGUGUCUUUAAUGGAGUAGUUCAACAAAACGUUCCCAUACACACUCAUCCUCUUAAUCAGACAAGACCUAUUUGGAGUCAGUUUGCUGCUUUAAUUUUGCACAAAUUUUCCAAAGAUUAGCAUUAGCAUUCCAAUUAGCAUAAUUUAAAAUGCAUAAAUCACCUCACACUUAUUUCAAACUAUGUUCAGCUGUUAAAUAAUUACGUAAUUUUCACGUCAUUUGCAUUGUUUAAAUAGCAACAGUGCUUACGGAUAUAUCUAUGCUGAUGGGCAUGAUGGUCUUGAAAUUAGGUGUGUUCAGGUACACUUCUGGCGUAUUGCAGAAAUGUAUUAUCUUUGCAACAGAAAACACAAGUGCACCACUGACUGAAAUAAACCUAAACAGAGACUUCAGGUGUUCAGUCAGACGUUCAUUGCUAUCUUGGCAACGCAGAUACACACACAUGGACAUGCAGCAGUGGACAAACCCAACUUUUACAUCAACAGUAAACAAAAUGAAUGAGGUGAACAAGCAGGUCAGUGUCCUCUGCUGAGAAGCAUUGGACACAUCCAGGCAAUAGCGAUCUGCCAAAGUCAGAGCACACCUGGCUCUUAAAGGAAACAGCAAGUGACACUCUGAUUGGUUUAUUUCAUGUUACACCCAAAACACACCCAUAAUUACUUAAAAGAAUUUGUACAUGCAUUUUGCAAAGCAUACUUUUCCUGUCAUUAUGAUAGCAAAGACUGAAAUGCAACUUGCUUGGCUUGAAACGCGUAAAAAGAAAGUACUAAUUCUAAAUUUUAUUCAGAGAGUGGCGCACCAGUGUUAUUCAUUUCCAAGAUAGCAAUAUGUCCUGAAUUUACCUGAACACACCUCUUUUGAAAAAUACAACCACACCCAUCUGAGUUGAUACAUUCAUAAGUACCGUUGCUAUUUCGCAAGCUAUUUUGUAAGAAAGUAGGGUGUAAGAUAGGGACCUAAAUGUUAUUUUAUUUAUCAUUUUAUGGCACUGAAUAAAUUUGAUAAUAGAAUAUUAAAUACGUAAUGCAUAAAAGCACAAUAUUGCAUUUAUAGAUUACUGUUAAAGAUACAUAAUCGUGAAUAUUCAGGCAUUAGAAUUGGAAUAUAAAAAAAACAAAUGUUUAAAUAUUGUAAUAAAUAAUAAUAAAACUAAAUAAAAUUCAAAAUAUUAAGGUUUUAAGGUAAGUUUAGGACCAUAUACCAUACUUUAUUAGUAAAAUAGGUUGUUAAUGUAAUUAUUGAUACAGAGCUCUUUCAGACACUAAAUAUAUUGGGUGAUUAACUAGAUUUUGUGAUUGGGAAACUUUCUUUUUAAGGUGUUACAGCACAGGUUUUCAGACCUGAUGCUGCAGUACUGAUGGUGCUCACACUCCAGCUACUGACACUGUGGGUGACACACUAGUGACAGCUUUAUUGCUCAAAGCACUGUUUCUAUUUCCCGUCCAAAACGACCAUGUGUACGCUGAACUCCGUGUUCGUAAGGUAAUUUUAGUCCCGUCCGGAUGCACAUAUUUGAGUUUAUUCACCUCAUGUUUAAUUAAAUAGCUUUUUUGUCCUGCUACGCACUGUAAUUAUCCUUUGGACGCGUGUUUCCGCGGAGAUCCACAUAAACACAAUAGAGAGUGGAAAUGGAGGAGCUACUGAACAUGAUAUCAUGUGACCGGGAAAGCUCACUAAAAACUCACUGGUCCUCCUGUUUUUUUUUUUUUUAUUGCAGUCCAGAUGUAAGACUUUUAUCGCUGAGUAGAAGUGUGAAAUAUUUUUCACAGACGCCCCCCUGAGAAACUAAUCCCAAAAUACUAAAAUUACUACUUCAUUACUCCACAUGGUGGCGCUACAAUUAAAUGAAUAGACACCAAUAAAUCCGUUGGUAAUUGCUGGUAUUUGAUUAUUUAGAAGUAAUUCAUCCUCUUCAGUAACGUAGAUGCUGUGAUGAGGAAUUGUGAAGGGAAUUGUCUUGUGAUUAAGUAUAUUGAGUAUCGCAAUAUAUUGCAGCAUCAUGAGCAAUGUAUCGUGAUAAUCUUGUAUUGUGUGAUGCCCCAUUCAUUAACAGUGCUUACAACAGAAUGUAUAAACUAAUUACUAAUUGACACUAGUUAAGAAAUUAUUAAUACUUACAGUUAGACUAAUGUUUAAUUCAGUAUUAUGUCAUCAUCAUUAAACUUUCUUAAGUAGUAACAUUUUGUAAUGUUUAAUAAUAUCCUUACUAGGGUGAAUUAAUAAUUAGUUGAGACAUUAAACAAUGUUUAUGUGCUUACUGUCGUAAGUGCUGUUAUUGGAUGUACCCUUAUUGUAAAGUGUUACCACUACUUUACUUUAAGAAUGAAACCCUGCUACAAAGAGUACCAGGCAAAAUGUUUCUGAUGUCUCUGUUUUUCACGUUUUUCACUAUGACAAUGAUAAGAAUUACACAAUAACCAAUAAUGCCAAAAACAACUCAAACAAAAGAUUCUUAGAGUGCACUUUUGUACAGUCUUUGCAUUUUCUUCUACGGAUAUCUGGAAAUAAAAAAUAUAUAUAUA